AUGGCAUCGCUACGAACCAUCAUCACCGGCCCUUCUCGGUGCCCUCUCCAGCGCCGCUCCGUGCCCGCCCUCUGCGCCGCCGGAGCUCGCCCUUUUCACGGCGCUGCAGCUCGGUGCCUACCUUACAAGGACGACCAGGACCGCGAGUCGCUCAAACCGCGAGCCCAAGACAGCUCAAAGAGCUCCAGCGACGACGAUGCUGCUGCGCACUCGGACGCCGCGUUUAACCCAGACAAGACCAGCCCGGAGGCGGCGAAGAAGUCGGCCAAGCAGGCGUCGAAUGGAGAUCCAUUGGAAGCCAGCGGCGCGAACCAGGACAUCUCCAAACCAAAAGAGGCCAAAAAGGAAGUGCAGGGCGGAUCGAAGCAAGACAAGAAGAAGAGGAGCGGUGGCGGGAGCCCCGAGUAA